AUGUUAUCCUUAGUCAUCUUCUUGUUACACGCUUUUGCGCAGGGCAGAAACAUUGACAACGAUCGACAACGACCUCUUACGCUCGAAAAUUCAAGUAUCCUUCGGGAAAUACCUGGUGAUUCGAUCGUCAAAUUAUGUCCAGAAUCCCUUGACACAGACAUUCUCAAAAUCGACAAAAUUUUGAACAGACCGGAACCUAUUUUAGACGAAGAAAUAGAUGUUUUCAUCUGGGGCAGCUUCAGCCGUGAUAUCUCACCCUACUCGACUGUAGAUUUUCAGAUCAAUGCCACCGCCAAUACCGGGGAUUAUGGCUCCUACAACGGCACAUUUUCUAUAUGCGAUUAUCUCGAGCAGAUGCGUCAACUUCCUGAUUUGAAUGUUACAAAAGCAUGCCCACCUCAUGAAGGUUCCGUGUUUAUCGAUUACGCUGCUUGGUUUGCUUACUUUUUGACCGCUCCUGGAAAUUGGAGCAUAAAGUUUGAUGCGAAGACACCAGAGGGAGAGAGAAUUUACUGUCUUCAGACAGAAUUUGAUCUGCAAUGUCCACCAGAAAGGGACGAUUAUAGAUGUUUGAGGAAUUCGACUGAUACGCUUGAUAUUCCUUGGAUGAUGAAGAAACCAGAGAUUCUUUGA